GGUAACACACUUGGCUGUAGUGGAUUUAGAAGCAGAAUAUAAACAUGUUACCUCUCUCAGUGCAGCAAUAGUUAAAGUUCUUGCCCCUCCAGAUGUUCUCUCCUGUCCACUUGUGUAUUCCAUCCUUGUUGAUAUAAUUGCCUACAGUGUUCUUCUUCCUUUAGUGCAGCUUCUUGUGAACCCUGACUGGUUAAACAGGAUCAUAUUCACUGUUUUCUCAGAUAAGUCAACAUCUUUGGAAAAUUCAAACCCUACUGAAAAUGAUUUUGUCGAGGUUGUGAACAAUAGCAGCUCUGAACAUGAAAAUCUGAACCAAUAUCGUAACACUACUCAGUCCAAUCCUCAGUUAGACAGAAACAGUGAUAGUGUAACUUUGGGAGCCAUUAAAUCUGGAGUUUCCAAUCAUAAUGUACAGUUACAUUUGAAUUUGCAAAACAAUAUAAGAGAUAAUACCAGUUUGCCUACAAAAUAUGCCCAUUCAUCAGAAGUUCAGCCAUUAACAGUAAGUAUGAAAAAUAAAAUUAUUCAAGAGGACCUUGUUGAUGAAGUGAAAGACUCCGUUGAAGUUCAUAAAAAAAACAGUGUCAUUUUUGAUGUCACUGCCAAAGAAUCUAGCUCAGAAAGAGAUAUAUGGAGUUUGGAAAUUUCAAAGCAAACAAAAUAUCCAUUUAGUCUUUCACCAGGAAGAUCUGUUCCACCCAGAUCUGGUACAUUGUCAGUAUUAACUUUACCAAAUAAGACUGAUCAGCCUGUUUCUGUGGAAUCAGUUGCUUCAAGAACUAAAAUUAAGAGGUCAAAAAGUCUUGAUAUUAUUUCUCAGGUGAUGCCUCGUCUUAGCCAAGUUCUUCCAAUUGGUAGCAAUAAGUAUAACAACGAGUGUGGGAAGUUUACAUGUAAAGCAAAAAAAGAGAAUGCUAAUUCAUUGCCCAGAACCAAAUGUAAUAUGUCUCCUGAACAGGUAGAAGAAUCAGAGCAUCCAGAAACAGCUACUGAAGUAUUAGAAUCAGAUUUUGAGUUCACCUUGUUUACUAGUAUUUGUAUUUCAAGUACUGAACAGAGACUUGAAGAAGGAAAAGGCUCUUAUACAUUAUACUGCAUUCAGUAUGAAGCUCCUUACAUAUUGUGUCCUGAGGAUGAAGACGAGUUUCAAUCACAUUGGGUUAAACAUCUGUCAACAGUAAAGCGGAGAUUUCGAGAAUUUCUCACACUUCAUUCUCGACUUGAAGAAAAUCAAGAGACUCGUAAAUACUUGAAAGGCAUCAAAGGACCAAGUAAGUGGUUAAUGACUCCAUUUUCUGCAUUGGACAAAAAGAACAUUGAGGAACGUCGAGUGUUUCUUCAAUCUUAUCUUGAAAAGUUGUGCAGUAGAGAAGUCGUUGUCAACUCUCCUGAGAUGAGAGAGUUUUUUGCAUAUGGUGGUGAUGCCAGCAUUGCAUAUGUAAGAAAAACUAAUGAAGUUGGUGUUCCAAGGAUUGAUAAGAUGCUGGUUCGUGGAGUGAAAGGAGCAAUAGAUCUUAUCCGCACAGCACUGCCUAGUCUUCCAUCAGACUUCAUUGAAAACAUUCAUGUGCCUGAUAUUGUGGGGGAUAAAUGUGGGCAUUCCAAGUCCUUGUUGCCAGUUUUUGGAAGAUCACGAAUGGAAGAACGUCAUUUAGAUAUUGAAUUUCAGUACAGCAAAGAAAAGGCCUGCAAUUUGGAACAACAGAUGUACAAGUAUAUAAGCAAUUUUGAGUCUGCUUCAUCUCUAGAUGCUUCACUACGUAAUUCCUCUCAAGAUAGACAAAGGAUUUUAUCAUUUCUUGGUAGAAACAAAAUUGAGAAAAAGAAAAAUACAAGGCCUAAUUCAGAAAACUCUACAUUUUUCUGUGAGAACUGUGCAAGUGAUGAGGAGGAAAGCAUGGUCAGUAGCAAUGAUAAGUUAAAAAGACUUAAAUGGAGAAUCAAGAAAGAGAUUCCAUUUGCUGAUGUGGUGAUUGAUCUGGUACUCCUCACGAUCACCGAGCCUAAAAACAAAUACAAUAAAGCCAAAUUUGUUUUAGUACUUAAAAUUCUCUUUGGACAGAUUUUGAACAGGUGGUUAGAGAAGAAGCUAUUGCAGUUUACAACUAAAGAAUGGUGUGCACAAUAUUUACACUUUUUGCAUGAGGCACUGUGGCCAAAUUCAGAGAGCAAAUAUAAAAAAGAUGAUAAUAUUCAUCAGCGAUAUGAAGCUAUUGAAGCAAUGAACUCCUUCUUUUCAUCUUUUUCCCCUGUGCUAGUUUCUUCAGCUCAGUACCAAGAAAGUAUUUCCUUGUUGGUAGGAUCUCUGCAGAAUGAAAGACUAAAUAAGUGCUUGGUAUAUCAUCUACUUGAUAUUCUGAUUGACAACAUUGUCAGCCAUAGUUCUUCAGAUUCUUCCUCAUAGUUCCAUUUUCUAUCAACAAGUCAUAGAUGAACAGUUAAGUUUAUUUAAACAAAUUACAGCUUUUACUGAAGAACAUUUAAUCUAAGCCAACAUUUUUUAUGUGAUGUAGUACAGAUUCAAACCAUUAAAUGAUGCAUGCUCCAUUUUCUUUCUUUUUUUUAGAUCUUUAAUUUCAGUUAAAGAUGUUUUUAUAGCAAUCAAUGACCUUUUUAGUUUUGCUUCUCUAAUUCUUGAAUAUUGGGUGGAUAAGUGUUUUGUUGCAAUUAUAAGAUAAAGUGGAUUUUCUGAAAAAUGUUAUCAGUCCAUAAAAUUUGUCAUUCUUAAAUGAGAAUAUAUAGCUUGUAUUUAUGUGAACUUGAAAUUAUUAGUAACACUUCUGUUUCAUAUUGAGUUUCACUGGAACCCAUCAAAAAGUAAAUAUUCAAUGUAGCAGUUGCAUGUGUAACUUUACUAUUAAAUUACAGUUUCGUUUGUUUCUCAGUAUGUUGUAUAAAAGGCUAGAUAAAUAUUGUCAUGUUGUUUUAAAUGGAAUUUCAUGUUAUAGAUAUAUAUAUAUCAACAUUAAAUUGUUUUCAUAAAAGGACACAUAUGAGGUGCUUUGUUGCUCAUUCUUUGUCAGAGCCAAGUAUUAAAUGGUUUGAAUCAAUUAGUACUUUUUAAUAAAAUUCAGCACAAGGUUGUGACUAGAAGCUAUGUAGGGAGAAAAUUGGUUGUUUAAUUCAAACUAUAUACAUAUGUGAAUAAAAGUUUGUUUUUUGAGGGUAGAAGGAGCUUCACAUGGGUAAUUUAUAUUACUUCAUAUUAUAAAGUGUAUUUUCUUCAAUCUUAACUUAGAAAAUUAUAAACAUAAGUUUUGUGAUAAUUUUUGUCAACAUUUAUAAUUGCAAAAUUUAUGCCUUUUUUUUGGGUACAGAUAAGGAGAAUGUGAAGGUAUAAAGUGAAUUGUAAUGCAUUUCUAUAAUUUAUUUUUUAUAUCGUAAUAACCUCUAAGUAUGUUGUACUGUCUUAUGUCGUGGUCAGUCAGCAGUUGGUUUUGGAUUUCACUGUAAUGGAGGUGCAACCUGAAAUGAUAAUUCUUUUAUAAAGUUUGCUUAAAUUAGUAAACUUUUUGUAUUAUUUACUUCAAUGUCUAAAACAUCUAGAUUAGUUUGAUAGGACAGAAAAUUGAAGACAGUUCAAUACUGCUUGCUCCAACUAAUACAUUUUAGACUCGUAUAGGUUAUUGUUAGAAAAGUUAUGCCUCUAAAUUGAAAUAUAAACAAUAUACUGUUUUGAAAUACAUUUCUCAAUUGCAAUGAAACAUUAAUGUUAACUAAGAUAGCUACUGUGUUUUAUAAAAAAAUUACUUAUUUUCUUCCAUCAAAAAAGGUGAAAAAAGAAGAGAUUUAGUAUAUAUAAUUGUAACAGCAAUGAAAAUAAGCUUCUUUUAGUACAAAUACAAAUUUUUAUUUGAUGAAAUGAACAAAACUUUUUUAUAAUAUUACUUAUACUUGUAAAAUUAAUCAUACAAUGCUGAUAAUAUUUUAAUCAAUUAGUUGCACUGGUAUUCAUUAGUAGCAGAGAUAAUCUGAUUUCUGUAAAUUAAACCAUUUCCAUUUUCAAUAAAACAAUGUUGUAAUUCUUUAAUUAAGAAUGAAAAAACACACGAUAUCCAGUAGGAUUGAUAUUUCUAGAAAGGAUUAAAUAAGAGUAAUAUGAUUAUUUUGAGUAUACAUACAGAACAGUGUACUCAAAACUUGAAUUUUCUUUUCCUUUUUGUCAUGUGGAAUGAUAAUUAUAAUUAUUCUAGUCUUCUAUUGUGAUGUAGUAUAUUUUUUAAUACCAAGGUUUUCCUAUUUACCUGUUAAUAUCUUAACUAUUGGAUUCAUUUUUAGCUAUAUCAAUUACUUGUUUAAACAUAGGAAUAUUUUCUUGAUAAUUGAAAAUAGUUUUUUUCUUCUAUGGUUUUUAGUAGUAAUCUUUUUGGUUAUUUCUUAAUUUUAUAUUUGUGAUGUGUAUCAUGCAGAAAAGUCUUCAUUUUAACAUUGACAGCAUUACUAAUUUAAUUAUGGGUACACCAAGAUUUUGGUUAUACUUAUUUCUAAGAUAAACACGAUAAUUUUUUGUUGCAACAAUUUAUGUCAUGAAAAGAAGUUCAUAGACACUGAAGCCAAAUUUGAAUCUAUGCUUCACUGUCUACAGCCUUCUUCUCAGGAUAUAAAUUAUGUGUAAUACUUGUUAUUAUUAAUAUAGCUUGUCACUGUAUUAAAAAAAAUGAGUACGUGCCCUAAGAUUACAUUUUAAACUAAAAACUUUUAGUAUUACUUAGAAUUGAUUGAUAAUCAAAGGCUAAGCUAAUUAUAAGUGAGAUUACUGUGAUGGAUCUUUCUAGUUGAGCUUUACUGACAUGUGCCACUGACCUGUUUUUUAGUAAAUAUGUACAGUCUUAAGUUUUUUUAAUAAUAUUAAAUCUGUAACAUGUACAUUAAUGAUUUUUUUAUUAUUAAAAUGCAUAGAACAUUCCAUAAUUGUGCAUAAUGGUAAGCUUUUGAGGUACAGUUCAUAAUUUUAAACAUGGAUGUAGUUGAUCCAUGAAACUAAAGGAAUUUUGAAUUCUAUCCCCAACCCAAUAUUUUUAUACAUACAACUCUGUUUUUCCUUUUAACUUGUGUUGGACAGAUUAGAGAAGGAAAAGUUAUUAUCCAGUUUAAAUUUCAGUGUGAUGGCCAUCAAAAUAAUGAACUUUGUAUCUUGUGCUGCUAUUGUCCGUAUUGUCUAGCUGCAGGGUAAAUAAAUUUAAAUGUAGUUUGAUGUGUAGUAUUUAAUACAACACUAAACAUGUUAUUUAAUAUGCUCUAUACAUGGCUUGCAAUAUCAUAUGGUAUUUUAAAUGUUAGAACAAGCUGCUGAUAUUAAUAUGGACAUAGUAGAACUUUUGUUUCGACUUGUUAUCUUUAGGUAAUUCUAUCUCUUAAACAUGGAAUAAACUUUGUGAUAAGUAAGCCUGUGACUUUGACUAUUUUCUUUUCUGUAACAUGAAACUUUUGUUUGAAUGUUAUGCUGUCUGUACAUGAAUAUGUUAUCUGUAUAUUAUGACAUACAUAUAAAUAUUUCUUUUGUGUAUUCAUGCGUGUGUGUAAUAAUUUCAAUGAUUAGUAAAUUAAUAUUUGUAAGAAAGAAAAUUUUAAUUCACUUUAGAUCUUUGUAACUAUAUUUUAAAGAUUAUCUUUUAAAAUAAAUGUAAAAGGCAAAAGAAAAUAUAGUCACCCUUUAACUGUGAGACAUAAAUUACAAACCAAAGAUUGUAAAGAUUUUUCAGAAUUUACUUCUUUAUACUGAAAAAAUGUUUUAUACAUAAAGGACUUGAAUUUGCACCAUAUUGUUAAUAUACAUUUUUCUAAUUUGGUUGUAAUUGAGUCAGAGGCUCUGAUUAAAAACAAUCAUUAUAGAAAUACAUAAUUGUAUGCGAGUAAUCUGUAAUAACUUUUUAAAUUAAACUAUGAAAAAAUUUUUAGAAAAAAUAAAAUUCAUCAAAAAAUACAAAAAACAGUUAAGAAUUUUGUAUUGUUUAAGCAGGGAUUCCCAAUUGCCAGUCCUUGGGCAGGUGCUAGUCCACAAAAUGUUUUAAAAUAUAGCUACUGAAGUACAUUGUUUUACAACAUAAGUUAAAAGUACUUUAUCAAGUGAGUAUUAAAUGAAAUGGUCCAUUAAAUUUUGGGAUCAGAACUAGCUGGUCCUCAGUUGAGAACUGCUGCCAUAUAGGACAUCUAUAUUUAAAGUAAUUGUUAUAACUGCUAGGGGCAAUUAAUUCUUUUAAACAUUCUCAGAUAUGGUGCCUAAAUUGACAUUAUGAUUUUGAGUGUUUUAAUUUAUCAAAAGCAUCUCAAAUGAUACAAGUAAAAUGGGUUAUUAUAAACUUUGUCAUAAUAUUUUUUAUAACUGUGCUUAAAUGUGCAGCAAAACUAGAGAAUUUGUAACAAUUUUUGGUUAGCUGACAGAGAAAUAUUCAGGUUACUGUAACUCAUUCCAUCAUAGUGUGUAGAACAUAUUAUAGAUUGUUGAAAUGGAUACACACACAUUAUAUUCAGUGGUUACUUUAGCUAGUUCUAAGCUGUUUGUUUCUAUUCCAUAUAAUGGCAUAUACAAGUGUUUGUGAUCUAUUUAUGUAUGGUACAAGUUAGCUUUUAAAGUUCGAUAGAUAUUACUAAAGGAAGCUGUUAGAUAUUAUUUAAUUAUAAAAAUCAGGACAUUUUUAAGUUGAGGUAUAUAUAUAUAUAUGGAAGCAACACGUUAUAGAACUAUGUAAAAAUUUUGGUACAUGUUAAUUUAGAAAUAUGUUUCAUUGUAUCAGUAGAGAACAUUUAAUUUUUGAAAGAAAGAUGAAUUAUUGUACUAGUACUCUGAUUUUAUUCUUUGAAAAUUUAGAAAAUAAAAUGCUGGUAUAGAUUUUACAAUUUGAGAUAUUGGAAGAAUUGUGUUUAUAUGCUAUCAGGUUUAAUUCUGUGCUUUGUAAGUGACACUGUGAAUACAUACCAGAAAGCUGGUGUAAUAAAUACAUUUGAUUAAUGCAAA